CGCGGGCGGCGCCGGGAGGCAGCUGACAGGCGUCUGCGCUUUCGCUUCAUGGCCGCCCUCCCGCCCCGCCUGGGCUCUGUGGGGAGUGGGGGAGCCCGCGGCGGCCGGGAGCCAGAGCUGGCGAGCCGAGCAGGGGGCUGUGCGCGGCGCCGCUGAGGCGCAGCAUGUGAAGAGGAGACGGCUUCCAGUGCGAGGCAAGCCUCUCAGCCGGCCGGGAUGGCUACGACGGCCGAGCUCUUCGAGGAGCCUUUUGUGGCAGAUGAGUAUAUUGAAAGACUUGUGUGGAGAACCCCAGGAGGAGGCUCUAGAGGGGGACCUGAAGCUUUUGAUCCCAAAAGGUUAUUAGAAGAAUUUGUAAAUCAUAUUCAAGAACUCCAGAUAAUGGAUGAAAGGAUUCAAAGGAAAGUAGAGAAACUAGAGCAACAGUGUCAGAAAGAAGCCAAGGAAUUUGCCAAGAAGGUACAAGAGCUCCAGAAAAGCAAUCAGGUUGCCUUCCAACAUUUCCAAGAACUAGAUGAGCACAUCAGCUAUGUAGCAACCAAGGUCUGUCACCUUGGAGACCAGUUGGAAGGGGUAAACACACCUAGACAACGGGCAGUGGAGGCUCAGAAAUUGAUGAAAUACUUCAAUGAGUUUCUAGAUGGAGAAUUGAAAUCUGAUGUUUUUACAAAUUCUGAAAAGAUAAAGGAGGCAGCAGACAUCAUUCAGAAGUUGCACCUAAUUGCCCAAGAGUUACCUUUUGACAGAUUUUCAGAAGUAAAAUCCAAAAUUGCGAGUAAAUACCAUGAUUUAGAAUGCCAACUGAUUCAGGAGUUUACCAGUGCUCAAAGAAGAGGUGAAAUCUCCAGAAUGCGAGAAGUAGCAGCAGUUUUGCUUCAUUUUAAGGGUUAUUCCCAUUGUGUUGAUGUUUAUAUAAAACAGUGCCAGGAGGGUGCUUACUUGAGAAAUGAUAUAUUUGAAGAUGCAGCAAUACUCUGUCAACGGGUAAACAAACAAGUUGGAGAUAUCUUUAGUAAUCCAGAAACAGUACUGGCUAAACUUAUUCAAAAUGUAUUUGAAAUCAAACUACAGAGUUUUGUGAAAGACCAGUUAGAAGAAUGUAGGAAGUCUGAUGCAGAGCAGUAUCUCAAAAAUCUCUAUGAUUUGUAUACAAGAACCACAAAUCUUUCCAGCAAGUUGAUGGAGUUUAACUUAGGUACUGAUAAACAGACUUUCUUGUCUAAGCUUAUCAAAUCCAUUUUCAUUUCCUAUUUGGAGAACUACAUUGAGGUAGAGACUGGAUAUUUGAAAAGCAGAAGUGCUAUGAUCCUACAGCGCUAUUAUGAUUCAAAAAACCAUCAAAAGAGAUCCAUUGGCACAGGAGGUAUUCAAGAUUUGAAAGAGAGAAUUAGACAACGUACUAACUUACCACUGGGGCCAAGUAUCGAUACUCAUGGGGAAACUUUCCUAUCUCAAGAAGUGGUGGUUAAUCUUUUACAAGAAACCAAACAAGCCUUUGAAAGAUGUCAUAGGCUUUCUGAUCCUUCUGAUUUACCAAGGAAUGCCUUUAGAAUUUUUACCAUUCUUGUGGAAUUUUUAUGUAUUGAGCAUAUCGAUUAUGCUUUGGAAACAGGACUUGCUGGAAUUCCUUCUUCAGAUUCUAGGAAUGCAAAUCUCUAUUUUUUGGAUGUUGUGCAACAGGCCAAUACUAUUUUUCAUCUUUUUGACAAGCAGUUUAAUGAUCACCUUAUGCCACUAAUAAGCUCUUCUCCUAAGUUAUCUGAAUGCCUUCAGAAGAAAAAAGAAAUAAUUGAACAAAUGGAGAUGAAAUUGGAUACUGGCAUUGAUAGGACGUUAAAUUGUAUGAUUGGACAGAUGAAGCAUAUCUUGGCUGCAGAACAAAAGAAAACAGAUUUUAAGCCAGAAGAUGAAAACAAUGUUUUGAUUCAAUAUACUAAUGCCUGUGUUAAAGUCUGUGCUUACGUGAGAAAGCAAGUGGAAAAGAUUAAAAAUUCCAUGGAUGGGAAGAAUGUGGAUACAGUUUUGAUGGAACUUGGCGUACGUUUUCAUCGACUUAUUUAUGAGCAUCUUCAACAAUAUUCCUACAGUUGUAUGGGUGGCAUGUUAGCAAUUUGUGAUGUAGCUGAAUAUAGGAAGUGUGCCAAAGACUUCAAGAUCCCACUGGUAUUACAGCUUUUUGAUACUCUGCAUGCACUUUGCAAUCUUCUGGUAGUCGCCCCAGAUAAUUUAAAGCAAGUCUGCUCAGGAGAACAACUUGCUAAUCUGGACAAAAACAUUCUUCACUCCUUCGUACAACUUCGUGCUGACUAUAGAUCUGCCCGCCUUGCUCGACAUUUCAGCUGAGGUUGAAUUUACAAGGGAAACAUGUUGUACUUCAGCAGGUCUUGGUUGACAGAAAGCACAGGAGAUUUCUUAUGACACAGCCAACAUUUUAUGGAAAAAUGACUGUUUGGAAAAACAGCAGCCAUACUUACCCUUGAGAUUUUAUUUGAAAUUUGGACACUACGCAGCCAUAUUUUGCUUUUUUCCCCUUAAGUUAAAUUUUAAUUCCAUUCUUGAACUCAACAAAUUUCAAAUUCUAAAUUUCACAUUAUGUGAACCUACGUGUCACUCUUUUCAUCCUGGAAAAUGCUGGUGUCAGAAGACAAAUGAGAUGUUAUCACUGUUCCAGUUCAUGUUCUUUGACAUAUUCCAUUGGGAAGUUUCACCAUCCUAUUUUUCAUUGAUGGUAAAAUACAGCAAAACUGCAUUUAUUAUUUACCAAUUUUUAAUGACCUUUUCAGCACUUGGUAAUUGUUAACCAAUUGUUAUUUUAGGUUUUCUUAGAGAACUUUUGCCUCUUUCAAAAGGUUAACAACUGAGCAUAAUUUCUGUAGUUGGUUAAUUGGAUUUUUCCCUGAGGUACAACAAUAGUAUUCCAAGAAAAAUGUUAUAAACUGAACUAAUAUGAUGAAAUGUUUUAUGUAGAUAUUAGGAGUGGAUCAGAAUACAUCUGCUUUCUGGGUAAAAAAACUUAAAGUUUACUAUUUCUUAUUUCAUAAACAGAUUUUAAGCCAAUGCUAGCAAGAAAUUAAUAAGUCUACCUUAUUUUAUAUUUCACUUAAGGUAAGGUGGAGGACCUUAACUGAAGGACCAUAUUUAUUCAUUAUUUUAAUAUUAUAAGGGAAGUAAAGUUGAGGUAUAGUCUAAAUGGUGAAUAUGAGAAAUAUUGACAGUGUUUAGCAACAAUGCAGCCCUUUAAGAUUACUUUCUUAAUACUAAACUGGAAUAAGAUGGGAUGGCUGAACAUUGAUCAUCUAUUUUAAGGGGAAUCAGUAAUUGAUAGAUAGCAUUAUAUAUUCUAAGUCUGGAGACAAGCUUUGUGAAGACUGAUUGCUUUUCAGAUCUAUAGUUUCUGUCAUUAUCUUUUUCAAGGCAUUUCUGAAGCAAUUCUUGAAUGGAGUUAACUGAAUUGGCUUAAUAUGGUGACAUAAUAAAUCACUUAUAAAAUUUUAAACGUCAAGUGGAAAUUUAGCAAGGCUAUUUACUCUACAAUCUCUCUAAACUUGCUCUGCAAGAAUUCAUUCUUAUCUGUGUGUAGUAUUUCAGUUCCCUUUGUGUUGUUCGCAAUCUUCUAAGAACAGAUAAACUUUAAUGUUCAGCUCAUUCUUGGCAUUUUUUUUCCUUUAAUGUAGGCUUUUUGGCCUAAUUUUGGCAAACUACUUUUCUUUUAAGACUAUGUUUCUGAAUAGUCAUCAAUCUUACCAAAACUUCCAGAUCCAGCACUACCUACUGUUUAAGUUACUAUUGACUGAAUUUUCUUAAUUUUCUGUUUAGCCCAGUGUUAUCAAGGUAAGCAAAAGAAACAAAGUAUGCCAACUUUUAUCAAAGCAUUUUAGAAAAUUGUGGCAGCUUUAGAAGGCUGUCUAGUUUUCUAUUCCCUAGCCAAGGGGAGAGCCAGAACAGAUUUUGGAUACUAGAGAAAGUCACAUGCUUGUACUAUUGCCAUUUUAGAAAGCUCUGAUGUGAAUUCAAAUUAUACCUCUGUUACUUAAAGCCAACAAUUUUAAAGCAGUAGUUUUACUGGCCAUUUGAACUCUUUGUACAGUGUCAAUUUGUAAAAAAAAAAAAAAAAAAAAAAAAAAAAGAAAGAGAAAACAAAAUCUUAAAUAAAACACGAGAGAACAUUUUAAGACUUCCAAAUCAGAGAAGUGCUUCAAAUUAUUUUGUUUGGAUUAAUUUUUUUAAAUGUGAAACAUAAACAUGUUGCUUAAAUAUUUUGUUAAUUAUUAUUUCCAUGCUUGAAUUUUGUGCAAUAUUUUCCAUUAUGUCCAUUGACCAAGGCAGUGACAAAGAAAACUCAUAAGUGAAUACUUAAUUUAGAAGUGUUAACAUUAAUGCUUAAUAAACAAAUUCCCUGCAAUUGUUUUUUUAUUUCACUCCAUUUUUUACAUCUUAAGGAUAUCCAUACUUAAUUUUCUAAAUUAUUGCUAUUUAAGUUUUUAAGAUGUUCCUUAUUUUUUAUAGGUCUUCUCACCUCCUUUUUUUUUUUAGAAGAAAAAUACUUUUUUUUUCUAAGAUUAGAAAUUUAACUGAUUAUCUUUCUUUAAAAAAUUUUGUUCUAUAAAGCCCUGUGCAUUCCUUGCAUUCUUUUUAUUCCAAUUUUUAAAGCAUUUUUUAUAUUUAUGACCACUAUAAAAUUUUGCCCACAAUUUAUGACUCAAAAAAGAUGAUCAAUAAGUAAGAUGUUUUUCAAAUGCACAUGAUAAAAUUUUAAGUAGCAAUAAUGGAACUUUGUAUAUUAGUAACAUUAGACAACAUUUGAUUAAAGAGAAUCCUUAACAGUUUUCUGCAUUUCUACAGGAGCUAACAGACAAUAUCUAUGUAAUGUUUUGAAGUGGAAAAUAUGCUCCAAAACACUGCAAAUUAUUUUUCUGAAACUUAAGUAUAUUAUGUUAAAAUACAGGACACAGGUUUUAGCCUCUAUAAGUUAUGGUAUUGAAAAUGACAGUCGACCACAGUAGAUGAAUAGUCCUUAUGAAGAAUUAUAAAAUAACAGUUGAAUGAAUCUUUAGACAGAUGACUCAUUGACUAUUUCAAGACAAGUAUUAGCCUCAUUUUGAGCAUCUCCAUGGUUGCAAGUACCUAGCACCUUCCUUUUUUAAAAAAGAACUGCUAAAUACAUUAACUUAUGAUAUAUUUAGAUGAUUUUCUUUCCUCUUUCACUUUAAAUUUUCACUAUCUGAACAUCAGCCUUCUGGCUUACAGUGAAAUAAUUUUAUUAUUAGAUUGAUUCAAAGUGGAGAAUGUACUGCUUCCUUAAAAUGCCUUUUUCUCAUCUAAGAUGGUGAAUAUUUACAGGUAUCCAGAUAAAGAGAUUUUGGUUCCUAAAAUGCCACAAAACCUUUUAAGGUGGUCAUGUUUAUAAGGUAGUGCCUAAAACAUGCUUGAACAACUGUUAUGUGAGAGUCAGCAAGGUUCACUCUGUGCAUAAUUUGUUAUUAACUUAAAAAGCUCAAAUCUGGGAUUUAACUUUUUUUUUAUCAAUACAAAAGUAGGUUUCAUAUUACCCACACACUAUUCAUUGACUCAGAAGUGUGAGGUACUUUCUAGAAGUGUACUGAAUUCUCCUGAUUUCUAUUGGAGAAUUUGAUAUCAAAAGCACUUUAAGCUUUCAUCCAGUUAAUUUCACUAUACUCAAUUCGGUAGUACUUCUCUCCGCUUGAGAAACUCGGUCCUGAAAUACGUUAUGUGCUUUGGAGGAAAAGACCAGUUUAUAUUGUUAGAGUAAAUAAUUCUACAUAAAGUAAAACAACAAUUUUUAAAUAUUGAUGCAUAAUAAAGAUAAUUCUAGCUACAUUUAUUGGUUCAAAUUCAAUGCACUAUGCUAAUCAUUUGUACACAUGAUCUCAUUUGAUUCCAAAACAGCCUUAAGAGUUGGGUAGUAUUAUCUCCAUUUGACAGGUGAAACAUCUAAGCCACAAAAAACAUAAAGUAGACCUGCUAAAGGUCUGUAGGUAAUAAAAGGCUCAGAUUGAAACCUAAAUCUUUCUCACUCACUCUUGAUGUUCUGUGCACUAUUCUCCUUAUGUAACAUUAAAUAGGUCUUUUAUUUUGAUAGACUCAUUAGUUUUCCUUAGUCUAAUUUCCUUCUCAUUCAAUGUUUGUUUCCCACUGUAGUGUUUAGGCUAUGAAGUUGAUACACAGGAUCAGUAUUUCAUUUACUGUUGGAUUUUUUAAUGUUCCCAAUGUGUGGUCAUACUUUUUAAAUUUGGUUUUUAAAAUUUUAUAAGUGGUCAUGAAAUUUUAAUUUAAUAUUAAGUUUGUACUUAAUAGAAAUCUUUCAAAAAGUUCUCUGUAGUAGUAUUUUACACAAUUACAGUACUAUAUCUGCUUAACUUUUACAGAAGAAAGAGUCCAAGUGUUUUAUAACCUAGGAGUAAAUCACAACUCUACCUUGGAAAAUAUGGGCAAAUCAGUAUUUCUACCUUCAAACACAGACUAUUUUAAUGUCAUACGUUUGCCAAUUGUGUUAAUUAUUUAAUGCAUUUGGUAGUUUUUAAAUGGCUAAUGCUGGAGUGAAAAUAUAGGGGGAAACAUGCAUGUUUAAUCUUUUAAGAGUUAAGACUCUUAACUUUUAUUCUUACCACUGGUCAGUCCUUUCUCUUUCCAAAUUUAGGGAGGAAACAACUCCUCAAGUGUAUAUGAGAGAGAAACCUGACAUGUUAGAGUGUGAGAAUUUUAAUUGGUGAUUUGGAGCAGUUAGGCUGAUAACUCUGGGCUUUAACAAGAUUGAUAUUUUUGAAUAUUUGGCCCUGUAUACUUUAACACUAAUAUUUGGGUGAUAACAGUAAACUUCAGUUCUUGAGAUGAAUAUCACUUGUGGCAGGAGAGAAAAGUAAUUAACCAUACUUGUUCAUUUUUUGAGUGUUUUUAGAUGGUUGCAGUCUGCCUCACCGUACAAAGCCAAUUUAAAUAUGAAUAUAUCACAUCAUACUCCAAACAGCAAACAACCUCAGAGGAAAGUCAUUUAUUCAGAAGGCAUAGAUUUGUGCUAGACAGCAGUGAUGCAUUACAAAUAUAUAAUUAUUUGCACUAAUAUUUGAGCAGGUGGAAUGGAUUAGAACAUGGUCAACAUUAUGCUGCUGAUAACAUGUAUUUUUCUAUAUUAAUAUGUACUGUGCAACAUGUAUUAAAAUUGUCAAUAAUUCAUUUUAGCCAGGAUACUAAUAUUUAUAUUACUAUGUUGAAGAAACAGUAUCCAACUGAGCCACUUUUAAUUUAAAAGUCUGAAACUGGAAUUAAGUUUACUUUGAAAAACCACUUAAAUUUAUAAUCACUGGAAGGUCAGUAAAACAGAAUUAUCAGUGACUGGUGACUUAAUUGGAAGAAGUGUGGAAGGUUAAGAAUAGGUGUAGGAAUCUGGAAUGAGUAAGUUUCAUUUAUUUAUAGCUCAGAUGAAUGACUUCCUUUUAUUUUAACUAUUAGCAAUCUUAAAUGAAGGAAAAUGUCUUAUCCCUUCCAGCGUAUCUUCGUAUUAAUACUCUAAGUCUGCAGAUUGGAUGGAACCACCUCUGAGGAAUUAAUCUCAAAUGGUGGAUUUUCAAAAUUUUUGGAUUAAACUUUGAGAGGUAGGAAGCCUUCUUGGUGCCCCUGUAAUCUUAAACAGGCAGGUACCUUUAAGUGAAACCAUCCCUUUUUAUCUGCCUAUCAUAUUAAUCUUUAUACUGUGGGUAGAUUUGGUUCCUUUGAACUGUAGUAUUUUGUUGUGGCAGUUUUAUCAAACCUGCAGCUUUUUGCUAUAGAGAAUAGUAUCCACACAGAAUCUAGACACUGCUGACCUAAGAGAACUGUGAAACUACCUCUAAGUAUAUUGUUUGCAAAUGCUGUGUGCUAUUUAGAGGAUCACAUGAGUUUAUGUGAAAAUACUUUAGAAGGAGUAAUACUAAGUGCCUCUAUAUUAGGAUUCUUCAGUAAAAUGUAUUUUCAUUUUUUGCCACAAGGGGGAGAAGUUAUUUUUAUAGUAAUACCUACAUUUUUGUUUGAUUUAAAAAAAAAAAAAAGAACUCACAUUGUUUUUCUCUACUGAACGGCACUUACGAACAUUAUCACCACCCUAAUAGGAGUGAGUGUGUGUGUGUGUGUGUGUGUGUGUGUGUGUGUGUACGAUUCUGAAAGUCAUGUGAAAAAAAUUUCUGGGUCAAUUAAUGACAAAACUAAAACCGUUUUUGAAGAACCUGUAUGUGCACAGCAGACACAGGAAUUGGACAAAGUUCAUCAUAAUUAAAAUUAUGUUUUUUGGAGUUCUAUAUCUCAUUGAAUUACUUUAUCAGCUCUUUAAGAAUGAUCUAUUGAUUAGUUCUCUGCAUUCUGCUUUUUAAAGAAAAAAUUUUGAAACAAUCUCAAACUUACAGAAAGGUUGUAAAUACUGUACAAAUAAAAUGUUUCUGCUUUGAGAGUAA